GCGGCCACCGUAAAACAACAAUUAUAGCAGCUGCUGAUGAAAUGGCAGGUAUGCUUCGUUUAUUAUUUAACGUAAUUUCGAAUACGAUUUGAUUUGGAGUUCCUGAUUGACCUCCCUGUUUUUUUCUGACUAAGAUGCAGUAACUCCACAGCUGCAGAUUAUCUGUACAGAAACCGAUGUCGGUGCAGCUGCUAUAAUUUUGAUCCAGGCCGACUGCUUGCAGGCCGCUUUAUCUAAGGGGGCGGAUACAUGCUUUGAAGGGCUUUUUUCCUCAUGCGAGUCGCUCGGAACGCGAUUGAUUGCGGAAACACGGGAUAUAUCCACGGAGAGCCGUUUUCCUUACUGACUACAACAAAUCACGGUAAACAUGAAUGAAAAUUAGAAAGCAACUCCUCAGCUUCCAAACACAGCAUCUUCAAAUAGUAACUGUUUGUAAACUUUGAAAACUACAUGCAAUAAUUUUGUCAAGGCAAAUGAUUUUUCUCUUCUGUCACGUCCAUCCAAUGCAUUGUUACUGUCAUUCGAGCAUUUUGCAAAUUGGCAAACAUCUCACAGGUCUGGUUUCCCAGAUGUUUAGCUGUUCCCUGUGAGUCUGUCUGGCGUUAGGGUGCUGGUGUCCUCGCGUGAGCAGCCAGAAAGCAGCCAGAUCCUCCAAGAAAUCACAGUGGAGAGGGUUCCAGUUUAAAGAGCAGUGGAAGAAGGAACUAACAUGUCAGACACAAUCAUAGCAUUUCAGUCCCAGCUCUGUGGGGUGAUGGAGACUGUACUGAAAGCGGCCGUGUGCGAGAUCACCAGGCUGGUGGAGGACAGCUUCCUGGCAGAAGUGGCACAGAGCCGCCAGGAAGCGGAGACUCUGCGGCAGAGGCUGAGGUGGUAUGAGGGCAAACGCAGGGAGCGGGCGGCGGACGGGAAGACGCGGUGUGUGGAAUGUGGCAGGGCUGGAGGAGGCGGAGCCCCGGCAGAGUACAGGCCAGCUGUAGCUGUCCAUGAUUUAGUUUGUAUUGCAGGAGCUGAAGAGGCCAGCCUUCUUCAUGCUGACAUGAGGCUCCAUGUUGAGGAUUCGAGUUCCAGUGAGAGGAUGAACACACACACACCAUCUGGCAGCGUGACAGAUCAGCAGAGGGGCAAGCAGUAUGCGGGAGAGAGUGGGGAGCAGGAUGGCGCACAGGCAGGCCAUGAGGGCGUCAGCAUGAGGCUUGGCCAGCCGGGGGCGCUGCACUGUGCUGGGGCAUCACAUGAUCUGGACUCCAAGGAUGUCUCCUGGACUGCUUUUAAGCUAGGAGACAGUGACUCGGAUGCUGAUGGACUAGAGUCGUCUCAUGUGGCGAGACAAGAUGCAGAGAGUCCAGGAGAUCAUACCAAAGAGCCUUGGUCAGCUCCUUCAGAAGGUUCCAGUAAGAUGGGGUCCUCACAACGCCGCGUAAGUGUGAAAGCAGAGACAGAGCUGUCCAGCAUAGUGCCUGUUAAAGAAGAAGUAGACAUGGCGCCUCUAUGGAGGGAUCAGAUCCAGUCAGAGACUGUGUGCAGGCAGAUCUCUAGCUUAGCGCUUCCGCAAGAUACCAUGCAGCUAAUCAGCUCAAGUGCUGACAAAAUGGGAAAUGAGAGAUUUCGAUUGAGGCAGCCGCAUGGAGCAUCGAAUAGUCCAGAAAAGGAUGGAUGUCCCCCCCAUAAAAACGGGCAGACGCUGACAAGCUCAGAGACCCGUACGGCUUGCACAGUCGAAAAGCCAUUUAGUUGUAUCUGUUGUGGGAAGAGCUUUUCCCGUUUACCGUAUCUUAAGGAACACCAGAGGACUCACACCGGUGAAAGACCCUUCAGCUGCGCCCAGUGUGGGAGGUGCUUCUCCAAGUUAAGCAAUCUGAAAGCGCACCGUAGGGUCCACACGGGUGAAAGGCCGUACAGCUGCCCCAGCUGCGGCAAAAGGUUUACCCUGAAGAGCAAUCUGAAGAGGCAUCAGAGAAUUCAUGCUGCUGACAGACUGUUUUAUAUCUGAAAUGCAGCUGCCCAUUGCAGGCUAACUCACUGUGUAAUAUAGCAUGUAAAUAUGAAAUCAUUAUCAAUAAAUAACUUUUUUUUCAAA